ACCAAAAAUGAAUAUAACUAAGAAAAACGUGUGGGAUUAUUAUAAAGAAUCGCGGAAUUUGCAAGCAAAGUGCAUAUUUUGCAAAUUGACUUUUUCCUACGUCAGUUUAAAAAAUUUUUAUAAACAUAUAGAUAAUGAGCAUGAAGACGACUUUAAAUCCAUUGUUAACGGAAAGCGAAGAAAAACGCCGGAGAUAUAUUACAACAAAUUAAAGUCAGUAUGUUUAGUUUGUAAGAACAUUGUUUCUCGUGAAAUGUUUCCCGAUCACAUACAAAACUCACAUUCUGUAGAAGAAGUGACAAAAUGUGACCAAAAAAUAAAUAAACAAAAAUAUUGCACACAAAUUAAUACUUUUGGCGUAAGGUGUAUGCUGAUGAAUUGUAAUAAAACUAUAAUAUUUGCUAUUGAAAAAACAGGAUUAAAAAAUCAUUUAGCAAGCAAGCAUAAGAAGAAAUGGAAAAACAAGCAAACGGGCGCAAUGUGUGUACCAAUUGAGGUCAAAAAUGCAGAAAAGAAAACACUAUUAGACAAUUACAGAUUGAUACCUGAGUGUUUUCAAGCAAAUUGCAAAUUUAGACUAUGCAUUUUUCGAGGAUGUUAUAUCAACACAACAAACUUUACAGAACAUGUAAUAAAAGAUCAUAAAGAAAUUUCUUCAUACGAAGAUAUUAACGGAGAAGGAUACCCGUGGAUGUAUUUUAAAUAUUAUGACGAAGAUUAUUCACAAUGUCUUCUCUGUCAAGAUAUCAAUACUGUAACGACUCUUGAGGACUUAUUAAAAUAUCAUUUAGAAAACACGCAUUUUGCCACAUUCCCUUUUAAUCAUAACGGCAGUAGUUGGGUGUGGAAAUACUGUACAAAGAUUAAAGAUUUUCAUGUGCGAUGUAACCUUUGUUCCAUCGAAAAGGAACUUGAUGUUCAAUUAACGGAUUUAAACCAGCAUAUUGAAAAUACACAUCUGAACGAGCCGACAAGUACGAAAAGAGCGUAUGACAUAGCUGGAUCAUCAGCAAGCCAACCAUAGAUGAAAAAGAGUGACAGUGGAUAAUGCUAACGGCGAUCAUGACAGCUAGCACGACAACCAGCACAAACGACAAUGUUAACUUGGUGAUUGAAACAAUCUAUAAUAUGAAAAUAUAAUAAUAUAUCUCUGACGUGUAAUAUUCGUUGUCUUUGUUCAUAAGAUGUUGUUUAUAAAAUUAUAAAUAUGUUUAUAAAUUUA